GUUGAGAAUGAGCGUCUCCAUUUCUCAACUUCAGCCGCUUGCUGUUUUCCGUUUUCUCGGUUUUUCUUAUGGUGGAACACCAUAGCGCUUUUAUCAGCAGGGGAAGGGGAGUAGAUGUAGGCUACCGCUGCCCCAGACAUGGGAGCGCGCGGAAUUUACAAGCCUAAGAAUACAUUACUCUUUCCUGUUUGGGCCGGAAUUACUCUUUCCUGUCUGGGAGCGCGCGGAAUUACUCUUUCCUGUUUGGGCCUCUCGUCCGCGAACUGCAAUGCUGGGAACCCUCCGAUCGGCUCUUCCUAGUCUUGCAGUUCGCGUGCAUCAGCGGCAAAUAUGUCUGGGUUUGGAACGUUGCGGGACAUGUUGGAAAUAAGUCCGAGCCAGGUCUUUUAUGCAUGUAGGCGGCACUCUCUGUCUCGCCUGCCCUGUCAUGCGGAGUCGCAGUCGGCCCCUCCGUUUAGGAUAUCUCAGUCUAAUUAUGCUGCCCGUCCGGAUGCUGGCUAUGAGAUGGGUGAGGUUUUGUUCAAGAUACCUCCUUCGUUCCUGGGAAAGAACAAUGCGGCCAAUCGAGCAGCAGGAGUUCUUUUAAUUGAAUUUGGCGAAACUGCAGGCGGGAUCACGCAAGUUGAUUCCACUAACUUGAUUCCAUUUCAUAACGUGAGCCCAUAAACGUGAUUCGGUCGCAAACGCGAUCCCACUAACGUGAUCCCAUUAGUAAACGCGAUUCCAAAAAUGUUAAAACGUGAUACGGGUGCUUUCCCUUAAUCUCGCC